CUUACUGUAGCCAUGCAUUUUGCUUGUCUUGUAUUCGCAAAUGGAGAAACUCAUCACACACAGAGAACAAGAUAGUAAGGACAUGCCCACUUUGUCGUGUAUUUUCUGGAUUUGUCAUACCGAGUUCAAUUUGGGUGGAGGAUCCAGAGGAAAAGCAAAACCUAAUUACGGAAUAUACAAAAGCAUUGAGCAACAAACCAUGUAAAUACUUCAAUGAAGGCAAAGGUACCUGCCCAUUUGGUUCGAGCUGCUUCUAUCAUCAUGCAUAUCCUGAUGGAAGCAAAGAAGAAUUCAAGUUAAGACGUCUGAAUACCGCAGAUGGUGGUGUAAAGACCUCCAGCAACUGCAGAUUGUGGGAUUUUGUUGAGGCAAGAGAAAAUCAAAGAACAAGUGUUGAAGAAGACGUGGUAUGGGAGAAUGAAAGAUUUGUUGAAUACGACUAAAUCCAGCGCUAGCGAAACAUUGAUACAUUCAUUUCUGGARCGAUAUUCCUCUCCCAAUUAGAAAAGCUACAACUAGAAAUAAAUUUAAAUCUUUUCUGAAUAACCAUUACCUUAAUCAAUUUUAAUUCUAUUGUAUUAUAGCUUAUUCUAAAUUCUUCUAGCACCUAUAUCAUUCACUCCUAGAUUAUAACCUAGAUUUUUUCCCUAUUCCAGUCUAUUCUCUACUUUUACAUCCCCAUAAUGCCUUGCGUCUUUGGGGGUAACCAAUCGAAAAACUGUCCCAAAUUGAAAGGUUUCUUAAUUGAAUUUAUAGUAUACCUGCUUUUAU